AUGAAUAGUGUCCAAAGUGUAAAUGAAAUAAAAGGAUUGGGCAUACAAAAUUUACCAAAAGAAAUCCUUAUUAUAGUCUUUUCAUUCCUUGAACCGCGCUCCUUAUUAUCGGUUCAAUGCACUUGUAAAUUUUGGAAUAGAUUAUUAUCGGAUGAUUUAAGUUGGCGUACUGCAUUUUUCUAUCAUUUUGAUGCCAAUGACUUUCAUGAAUUCAGUCCUCUGGGCAAUGGAACUUGGAGACAGGAGUAUUUAUUGAGAUCAGCUAUUACCAGAGCAUAUGAGCGUGGAAAAGGUCAAACUGUUCAGUAUGAUUGUCGUGUCGGGCAAUUGACUGAUUUGUAUUACGAUUUUCUAAGUGGACGUUUGUUUGCUGGUAACCGGCUUACAGGGUCUAUAUCAGUCUCUGAUCCAAAUACUGGAAAAGUGGAGAGGUCUGUAUUGCAUGCUAGCUCAGAUGGAUCUCUAAUUCAUACCAUUACAAUUAUGAAAUUACAUAAACAAAUUUUUGGAUUUGGUUUUGUGGAUGGUCGUGUUGGUGCCAUCAUAAUGACUAGACAAGCAGAAAACGGGCGUCAAUUCCGAUUUUUUAUGGAUUCUCAUGAUGAUGCUAUAACGUGUAUGGAUGUCUAUCCUGGCGACCUUCCUCCAGUAGGAGAAAUAGGUAUGGUAACCGGAGCUGAUGACGGAAGUGUGAAUUGUUGGGAUGUUCGGACGGGAGUUUGUUUGCGAAGCUUUAAUUUCUCUACAUCUCAAAUUCUUUCAAUUUGUUAUCGACCACGGUUCAAGUUUUUAAUUAUCGAUACUUUCGAUUAUGCCACCGGUACCUAUAUGUUAUAUGUUGUCAAUGGACCGCUACAGUCAGUAAAGGUGCGUCCGAUUUUGUUUGCUUGUAGAAAGCGGGUCUUAAGCGAUGCCGAAGAACCUCCGUGUCUAUUAGCAGUGGAUGAACCUGCAAAUUAUGUGUUUGUUUCUUUAGGUGCACCAAAGAAUUCUUUAUUAAGGUUUUCUUUUAAUAGAGCCACAAGCUCGGAUUUUGAUCCUUCCCUCGUUGAGCCUUUGGUAAUUCAACUUCAAGGAAUCCCUGUGUGCUUGUGUUUAGAUACGAAUGAAAGAUUUAUAAAUAAGCCAAUUCUUGGAAAUAAUGCUCGGUUGUUAGCCGUUGGUGAUGAUAAUGGCAAUGCGUAUAUUGUCAAUAGUCGUUUUAAAGAGUUCAGGCAUCCAGUAUUAAUGACAAUUCCCGUGUUUCUCGGCUCUCCUAUUUCCGAUCUAUAUAUCAAUGAAGCUGUUAUGGUGGUCGGAUCCUCAACGGGAUUCAGUGCAAUUUACAAUGUUAUAUCGGGAAAUCUGUUACGGAACUUGUCUGGGGCUAGGAACCCGGCUAGACGUGAUGCAGCGCGAUGCAUAGUGUUGGAUUCCAAUCCUCUGAGUCUAAAAGGUGUUUUAAGUCUUGGUAAGCAUGUUAAAGCAUGGUCAUAUGUAGUUUCUAAAGUACAUAUGAACAAAAGAUCUCGAAUUGUUGCUCCAUCCAAACCAAUGACUACAUGGGACAGUCCCUCAAGAGUUGGAGAGUACACAAAAAAUGAAGUCGAAAGAGAAAUCGUGCUUGGAAUAAAUCAGGUCGCCGAAGAAAGAGAAGAGAAACAACAAAAAUUAGAGCUGCAGCGUAAAUUAGCAAGACAUUUAAACGAAGGUUUAGCCGAUCUGUCCGAAGAGGAGCUGUUGGCUUAUGCUACUAUGCUGUCAGAAGAAGAAGAAAUGAAGCGAAUGCAAGAGACAGCUGCUGAAGAGGAUUUGUUGAAAGAAGCCGUUCCACAACCAGAAGCUCCAUUACCUUCGAGCUCAGAAGCUGGUCCUUCUGAGGCUAUGACUCCUGAUUCUAGCAUCACCGAAUUAACAGAGGAAGAACAAAUUGAGCUUGCGAUGAGGCUUUCGCUUGAAGGUAACUAG